GCUCUUGCGCGUGCGCAGUGAGAUCGAAUAGCUGCUUCCUCCCGCUUCUCUUCUUCCCUCCCCCCCAUAUCCGUGCGCCGAGCUGAUAAAGGCGCCAUUUUGGAGGGGCCGCGGGAGACGUGGUGUCGCGGCGGGCUCGCUCUGCCGUUCGCUAGGCUUGGUGGGAAGGCCUGUUCUCGAGUCCGCGCUUUUCGUCGCCGCCAUGUCGGGAGGUGGUGUGAUUCGUGGCCCGGCAGGGAACAACGACUGCCGCAUCUACGUAGGGAACUUACCUCCAGACAUCCGAACCAAGGACAUUGAGGACGUGUUCUACAAAUACGGUGCUAUCCGCGACAUCGACCUGAAGAAUCGCCGCGGAGGACCGCCCUUCGCCUUCGUUGAGUUCGAGGACCCGCGGGAUGCGGAAGACGCGGUGUACGGUCGCGACGGCUAUGAUUACGAUGGAUAUCGUCUGCGGGUGGAGUUUCCUCGAAGUGGCCGUGGUACAGGCCGAGGCGGCGGCGGGGGUGGAGGUGGCGGGGCUCCCCGGGGCCGCUAUGGCCCCCCAUCCAGGCGUUCUGAAAACAGAGUGGUUGUCUCUGGACUGCCUCCAAGUGGAAGCUGGCAGGAUUUAAAGGAUCACAUGCGUGAAGCAGGUGAUGUAUGUUAUGCUGAUGUUUACCGAGAUGGCACUGGUGUCGUGGAGUUUGUACGGAAAGAAGAUAUGACCUAUGCAGUUCGAAAACUGGAUAACACUAAGUUUAGAUCUCAUGAGGGAGAAACUGCCUACAUCCGGGUUAAAGUUGAUGGGCCCAGAAGUCCAAGUUAUGGAAGAUCUCGAUCUCGAAGCCGUAGUCGUAGCAGAAGCCGUAGCAGAAGCAACAGCAGGAGUCGAAGUUAUUCCCCAAGGAGAAGCAGAGGAUCACCACGCUAUUCUCCCCGUCAUAGCAGAUCUCGCUCUCGUACAUAAGAUGAUUGGUGACACUUUUUUGUAGAACCCAUGUUGUAUACAGUUUUCCUUUAUUCAGUACAAUCUUUUCAUUUUUUAAUUCAAACUGUUUUGUUCAGAAUGGGCUAAAGUGUUGAAUUGCAUUCUUGUGUAAUACCCCUUGCUCCUAACAUCUACAUUCCCCUCAUGUCGAUAAAUUGUAUUUUAAGUGAUGUCAUAGCCAGGAUUGUUUAAAUUUAGUUAACUCUCCAUGCUCUUCAGACUGUGAUAUUGUGUAAAUGUCUAUUCUGCUCUGGUUUGUGUGAACUGGGAUGUUGGGGGUGUUUGUGGUUAUCUUACCUGGGGAAGUUCUUAUGUUUAUCUUGCUUUUCAUGUGUCUUUCUGUAGACAUAUCUGAAGAGAUGGAUUAAGAAUGCUUUGGAUUAAGGAUUGUGGAGCACAUUUCAAUCAUUUUAGGAUUGUCAAAAGGAGGAUUGAGGAGGAUCAGAUCAAUAAUGGAGGCAAUGGUAUGACUCCAAGUGCUAUUGUCACAGAUGAAAUUGGCAGUAUUGACCUUAUACUAAAGGCAAGGGUUUAAAUUGAUUAUGUAUACAUCUACCAUAAAACACUUGUAAGCAUCUUAUGCAGUUACCUUUAGCUACAAUUGCUUUGCUCUUUAAACCUUGGCAAUUGUGGCAAAAUUACAUUGCCCAUUUUGUAACUAUUUUGCUCCCUUCCCUUUUUUAUUUUAAUAGGGACUAAUGUGGGAAGAACUGGCUAAUUUGUCAUAAUGCUUAGUUACAACUGUUAAUGUGUGACCUGCUGUUGGUGUACAUGUGGGUACAGGGUGUCUUUAAUUCCAACCAGAUAGAGUAUAAUAUCAAUACUGCUAAAUCUGCAUGUCCUCUGUGUGACUGAUAUAGCGUUGCUACUUCAUUUUUUAAAGACAAAAUGAAAGCAAAAUAUAGAAUUCCAACAUAUUGGUGUAGAUAAUCUAGUUGGGAAUAAUUUUAAGUCUCACCUUCCCCUUUUAAACUAGUAUUCAUAAUUGACUCAUGUUUAAAAUACUUUUAAUUUACAAAUUAAAUUUAAAAUGGGAGCAUUAGAUUUAGUUUAGACUUAGGGGGGUAGCAGUACCAGUAAACUUUUCAACUACGUAACUUUUUGCAACCACAAAACCUGUAAUACGCUGUACAGUAACAAGUGUUGGCAUUAUCAGUUGAACUGUAAAUAUAAAAUGCUUCUUCCAAUUAGUCUCUAUGAUGAUUAAGUUUCUAAAAUUUAUCAGAACACCAUUCAGAAACUUGUUUUGGGGAAUUUGAUAGUUAUUGAUGUACAUCUGUUAAACUGAUGACAGACAUAACUCAUCAUUCCCCAGAAACCUUUUUUGAUUACAGUAUCUAACAUUUUGCCUCCUCUUUUUUGGUUUUGCUGGUUAUAAAGGUUUGGAUUGGAGAGGGCUCACUGGAUCCCAAUCCUUGGAGCUGGAUCAUUGGAUUCAAAUCAUAAUGUGGAUAGGAUAGGGAGGAUGAAUUACAAGGAUUCAUGGAGCGGGAUCAGAUUACCAGGAACAUAGGAGUGGAUUCCUGCCCCAACCAAACCGCAUUCGUGUGGAUUUUUUUUUUUUAUUCAACUUAAUUGGCUAUUCCAAAGAUUUUUUUUUUCCUAUUUUUGACGAUUGGAGCCCUUAAGAUGCACGAUGGAAUUGUGUUUUGCAUUUUUGGUAAAAGGAGCAAAGCGAGGACCUGGAGAUAAACGCUGGAGCAAUCUCCUUGGAAGGAUUCAGCACGAGUAGAUGGUAAACAUUUAAAGGGGAAAGGGGGGGUUUGUUUAAAAUAGUAAAUCAGUAAGUCACUUCUAAAUUUAAAGAAAACAAAAUUGGAGUUGAAGAAUAAGUAGGUUUCCAAUUGGCUGUUGCCGUUUUUCUUUGAAAAAAAUAAACAUUUUUUAAAAAACUAUGCAUGGUUGUCCUUUUUCCUCUUGUAAGAUUUUUUUACUGGGUGACUAGUCUCAGUUAAUACUUAAAAUUGAUAAGAUUCUGAUUUUUUUGUGUUUGUGUUAGUAAAUUAAAGGUUCUUGAAAGGAAUUUGCUAAUAAAUGGUAUUAUCUCUUACUGUUAAUUGUAAAAGUCUUCAGGGGAAGAUAAAAAGUGAAUAAGAUAGUUGUGUAUGUAAUGUCAUAAAUGAGGGGUGAUUUAGUUUCUGGAGGAUAAGCUGCAAAGCUCUGGUUAAAAAUGACUAAAUUUAUGGAUACUGCUUAUUUUUGGUAAUUAGCAUAGAGUUUUGUGUAAAAUCAGGUAAUGACUAGUGAAUGUUGGUAUUAUUAGCCUUUGAGUUUCUCAAUGAAAAUAGUUCAUCUCAAAAAUUGGUAAGUAUUAAAAUUCAGCACAGAUUAUAAUUCUUAACACAGAUUACACUUACUGCUUGAAAUCUGAAUAGCACACUGGAAGAUUUAACUGUUUGAGUGAAUCAUUGCUAAUAAAAAGCUGGGCAUUCUUUAGAAUUUUACCUUGGAACUCUUCUUAACCAUAAAGUUACUAUCCAGAACAUACCAAAGCAGUGAUGACAUCUUGUCAUCUACUAGUUUUUGUAUCUUUACUUGGUAGCCCCUUGGUGCUAAAUUUUCACUUAGAGUUGGGGGAAGGAGGGGGUUUUUACUUAGUAUUCCUGAUCUUUAUUCUGAUUUCCUGAUAGCUAGUCACAAUCAUCAUACCACUUUUUGUGCAUCUAAAAGAUAGCUAAAUCACAAGAUUUCCCUGGAGUGUUAAUUAUAAUUGGAAGCAGAAUUUAAGGCUGCUAUUCAGGUGAUGUGAUUUCAAAUCCAGGAGACACUAGAAAUCUUGGUAGUGGAGACAGCCUAAAGAUUUGCAUAAAGUCACCCAGCCAGUACAUUUAAAUGAACCUUGUAGAAUGUCAUGAGGAAGAGAAAGGAUAGUAAAGUCAAGAUUAGGAUUCCAUUUUUUAGAGCAUUUUGUAUCGAUCCAUUAAGGGAAUAACUAGUUUUAAUGUAGGAAUUCAAAAUAUAGUGUUCAAGAGUAGACAGUACGUAAAACUAGGUUUCAUCUGAGUUGGCAAAAAAGUUCAAGUUUUUUUGUAAGACAUUAAAUGAUUUUGGAAAGAGCUAGACUUUUCUGGGCCCUGAGUUAAUUAGUAUUCAUUAUUUUGGAAACAGGACCAAGAUGAAAAUUGCCCUCCGAAGUUGAGUGCGUUUAAGCUAAGUUGAAAGGUGAGCUCUACUUUAGGAGUGUCAGUAGUCCCAACCAGAUUGAAGUGAGAUGGAAAAUACUACUUGGCUGUAUGUAGGCUUUUUAAGAUUAGAGAAGAUUUAACCUGUGUAUGAGAGGGGCCAGGUUUUCCAGUUCAGUAGGAGUAGACUAGACGACUAAAUGUAAGAGGAGAUGCAGACUAUUUGUCAGUCUCAGGAAAUGGACCUGAAAUCUCUACCUGUGUUAGCAACUCUUAGAAGAAAGUCGUACUUGGGGAUUAAAACAGUCUUGGAUUUUCUGCUUUUCUCCGUAUUUGUGUGCCCUUAGAUGUUGUAGGGAGCUUAUAAUUUAUUUUCUAAUCAAGGAAAAGUUUAAGAAUUAUUUCUCAUAACAUCAGAUUGAGUAACCCACCUUGCUGUUCAGCCUACAUCCUGGAAACAAAAGGUAAGAAACCCAUUUUCUGGUUCCUAAUUGUUUGGGAUCUGAAUUUUAUGUUUAAAAUUUAAGUUUAGUAAUUUUUUAAAAUGCUGUUUGGAAUGUGAACAGAUUUCCUUCAUUUAAAAUGUUUUUCCCCCCUUAAGUUUUAUAGUUUGGAAUGUUAAUGUAUCUACUCAUUGUAGUGCUUUAACUUGAAUAUGAUUCUAGGUUUUAACUUUCUCAGUUUUGUCUUUGAAAUAUAUCUUGCUUGUUAAGGUACUUUUUUUUUCUUUUUUUCAAGUUUCUGUGAAUUAUUUGUGUGCUUUUUUGCUUCCUUUGUACAUGACGUUGUAAUGAAAUCAAGUUACAUGUCUGUAUUUACCAUAAAUAGUAUUAAAAGGAAAGAAACUAUUA